GGAAGUACAGAAAGACAAACUCCCAAGGCAUGGGUGAAAUUAAAGUAGAUUUAAACACUUUCCUGCUUCCAACAAAGCAACAUUUUUGCGUACGGUGAUGCUCAUAUGGAAACCUAUUAUGUGGUAGUGUAUUACGCUCAGAACGAGUGGCACACAGCACACCAAGGAGACUUCAGGAACACAAUUUUUUUUACGAACCAUCAUGGCUCCACAUCCCAUAAUCCAGGCGAUUAUCGAUUUCUUGGCUGGAGCAGCAGGUGGGACAGCUUGUGUGCUGAGCGGCCAGCCGUUUGACACCACAAAGGUGAAGAUGCAGACAUUCCCCACCAUGUACCGCGGCUUCAUCCACUGCUUCAUAUCCACCUUUAGGCAGGCGGGGCUACGUGGUCUCUACAAAGGCACAACCCCAGCCCUCAUAGCCAACAUCAGUGAGAACGCUGUGCUCUUCUUGAGUUAUGGUCUUUGCCAGGAUGCCAUCCGCUUUGUGUCUAGGAUGGAGAAAGGGGCUGAUCUCAGUGAUAUUCAGAAGGCAUCCGCAGGGUCUUUAGCCUCCAUCUUCUCCUCCAUGGUAGGGGCGGCACGGUGGCUUUGUGGUUAG